CGGUAUGCGGAACAGAGCGCACCUCCAGCGACAGUGUCUGAAUUCGACCCCGACGGCGUUGCAGCGAGUGACCGUUUGCUAAGUUGGACUUUGAGCUUUGUUCUUGACUGUCUAUGCGCUUGAAUUCUUCUACGGAGCUUUAUAUCGAUUUGAAAGCUCAUAAUUGGAGCCAUUUGGAAAUUUCGCAAGAUGAUUCAUUCAUUCCGGAGAACAAAAUGGCUGGCCUUGGUGAAGAUUCCGGUGGUGUAUAAUCCGACGCAGUUUUCUUCUGCAUUGAGUUCAGAACGGCUUAGGUUUUUGUCUGCUCUGGUUUCGGCUCAGGACAGCAGAAAACCAUCUUUUAGCGUAUCUACUUUGAUUGGUAGUGCUCCUGAGUCUGAUGUUGGGCGUCUGAAAUUAUUGAAAAAGGCAAAAUCGGUAUUGAAGUUCCUCGAAGAUUAUGGUUUCUCUGAAUCUCAGAUCAGAAUUAUUGUUUCUCGCUGGCCACGAAUCCUUAAAUCCGAUCCUGAGAAAACCCUGAAGCUGAAAGCAGAGUUUCUCUUCUCAAAAGGGAUAUCGAAGCUUGAUUUUACGAGAAUAGUUUCAGGGGAACCAAAGGCUCUAACCCGCAGUCUUAAAAACCAUAUAAUACCUCUAUUCGAUUUCCUGAAGGAUGUGAUUGGUAGCGAGGAGUUGGUGGCCAGAGCUGUCAGAAACUACCCGUAUGUGUUCCGCUCCAACGUAAGGGAAUCCCUCGAACUGAAUACCAAGAAGUUGCAAAAUGCUGGGGUACCCCAAGCCCGGAUCGCCAUGCUGUUAACUAACCGACUUAGAGUUUUUACCGUUAAAGCAUCAAGGUUUGACGAAGCCGUAACCAGGGUUAGAGAAAUGGGUUUUGAACCGACGGAAACAAACUUUGGUAGUGCCGUUGCAGCAAUCGGAUGGUAUAGUAAGCCAAUCUGGGAAGGGAAAAUGAAUCUUUUCCGGAGCUAUGGCUUAUCCGAUCCAGAGAUCUUGAAAGGGUUCAAGAAGCAGCCGAUGAUCAUGAUGUACCGCGAAGAGAACACGAAAACAAAGAUGAAUUUCUUUAUCAAGAGGUUGCAUUGGUGCCCUCAUAAGGUGAUGAUGGCUCCGCAUAUUUUGUUGCUGAGCUUAGAGAAGAGAACGAUCCCUCGGCUCUCUGUUCUGUAUCUUUUGGUAACGCGAGGAGAGGUCGGGGGAAAGGAGAUCAAUUCGGUUAUGAAUUUUCUGAAAAUGGCUGAAAGAACGUUCGUCGAGAAGUUUGUUGCAGCGUAUAAAGAUCGAAUCCCUGGGAUCUUGGAGGCUAAUGAGGGGAAGCUGAAGAUGGAGGAGGACCUUCAUGCACUAAACAAGGUGUUCAUCAGGAACGAGUUCUGGUCAGGCGAGGAGGUGACAUUAUGAAGCAUUGGCAUGGCUUUGGACUUUUGUUUUUCAAAAGAUUUUGGGGAAUAUGAUAUAAUGUUGUUGGGUGUAAGUGUAACUUACAAUAUAAUGGAGAAAUUUCAUAUGGAUUCUCAUGUCAUGUGGCUGUAAAGGGUAGGUCCAAUUUAUUUUGGUUUUAUCCUUUCAAAAAAAAAAAUAGUAUAACAGUUUUGUUUAUGUGACCCACUUCCAUGUGAGGAGUACAGACUGUGUAAGGAUGUUUCGACAACUUUGUAUCCUUUUUUUUUUAAAUUAGAUUUUCAAAAUU